CAUGUAUGGAGGUUAAAAGAAAAUGUCAACAAACAUCAAAUAAUUUCCUUUAUUUAUAUAUACAUAUUAUAGUUAUUUAUAAAGGAAUCAAUUUCUACAACAUAAUUUAUUAAUUGUAAACGAAAAAUGUUUAUUAUUAUUAUUGUUUAAAAUAAAUUUUUACAUACAAAUCUCACAAUGGAAGAUGUCAAUGUUUUGUUCGUCAGGGGAAACAGUAAAUCAAUGAGUGAUGAAGAUCAAGAAGAUGUAUGGGAUGAUUCUGCAUUAAUAAAAGCAUACGAUAAGGCUAUUAAUUUAGCUAAAGAGGAAGUGGCAAAACAAAUGGGAAUUCAAGAGUUAACACCUGAAAAAUCGAAAAAAUCAACAACUCCAAAAGAAAAUCGUCAAUCUCGCAAAAAUCAAAGAAAAUGGUGUGUUGGUUGUCCAUGUCGAGCUGUUUAUUCCGAAGAUGGAGAAUUGUACGAAGCGAUAAUUACAAAAAUGCAUGAAAAUUCUGCCACCUGCACUGUUCGAUUCAUAGGCUAUAAUAAUACAGAAGAAAUAGAAUUCUCUCGACUGUUAGAAUCAGAGGGACUUCAAAAUCAAAUUGCCCAGCAGAAAGCGUCAAUGCAAGAAAAUGACGAUAAUGAACAACAAAGUACUUCAACUGCUUCUGAAACAUCAAAAAAUUUUACAAAUUUACGAAAUUUAAAUGGAAUUCUCGGUGAUAAAAUGGACUGUGAUUAUACUGAAAAUAAAUCAUCAUCGUCAUCAAAAAAAUUUACUCCAUACGAUCGAUUGACUGAUUUUAAUCUUCCCACGGCACCUCCUGCACCACCACUGCCACCUCAUCUUAUGAGCAGGCUACCACAAAAUGAUGCAGACGCACUUUCUAGUAUGUUAAUGUCUUGGUAUAUUAGUGGUUUCCAUACGGGAUAUUAUCAUGGUUUGCAACAAGCAAAAAACUCACAAGAAAAGCGGAAAAAAUAAAGUAUUCUUU